AUGAUGAACUACGGUGGUCACCAAUUUCACCCUCAGCAGCCGCAGCAGCCUCAACAACAGCAACAUCAAGGUGUCCAACCCCAACAUCCGUUGGGUCCACAGCCUCAACGUCAGCAUGCUCAGUCGCCCUUACUAGGUGCGGGGCCGCCACUACCACAGCAUGGCAGUCCAUUCCCCGGAAACAAACCAAUUUUUCGGGGGCAACCUCAGCAGAACUUCGCUGCAACGCAAUCUCCGGAUAUGCGCAAGAUGACCCCGACAUCGGGGUCAUUAGGCGGAUACCCCACCAGCAGCAGUUUUGGCCAAUUUCCGGGUCAGUUUGCGGCGCAGAGCUCACCGGAUUUGAUGUCUCGCAACCCAGACCCUAUGGGGCUGCAGAAUCUCCAGCGUGGGUUUAAUCCAAUGGCCCACCUCCGGCCGCAGCCGGGGACAGCGGGCCUCACUCAUGGACAUCCCAUGAAUGUUGCUUCACCGCAGCAGGGAAUGAACAGACUACCUCACGCGAGCAUGCAACAGAGGGAUACCCAUACCUCGGCCAGUCCGUCUAUGGCUAGCCCAUCAAUGUUUGCCAUGAAUCAGCAACGACAGGCUCAGCCGCAAUCACAACCGCAGUCGCCUCAGCAGACACACCAGCAGUUGCAACAGCAGAUUCAACAGCAGCAGUUCCAGCAGCAACGACUUGAGCAGCAGCAAAGGAUGGAACAACAGAAACAAAUCCAGCAGCAGCGUUUAGAACAACAGCAACGCUUAGAACAGCAACAGCGGCUUGAGCAACAGAAAGAAUUAGAACAGCAAAAGCUUGAUGAGCAAAAGAUAUUGGAGCAACAACAGCAGCAGCAACAACAACAACGCCUAGAGCAACAGAGGCUCGAGCAACAAAAACAGCAUCAGCAACGGGUGGAGCAGCAGCGGCUUGAGCACCAGCAGAAGCAGCAGUUGGAGCAGCAGAGGAUGCAGAAAUUGCAACAGACUCAGGCGCACAACCCGUACCAACAGCAGUCGCCCUUUUCCCAACAAACCCAGCCUCCGUUCCACCCAUCUCAAUAUCAACAACAUCAAGCUCAAUCCCAUCAGUACGCCCCGCACCAGACCCAAUUCACUCAGCCACAGCAGACGCAAUUCCAGCCAUCUCCGCACCAGGCUCAAUUCCAACAUUACCAGGGACCGCACUCGGCUGCUGUACCUUCAUCCCAGCCAGCUGCACCGGUUGUCCCCACGGUAACGGAAAGCCCGGUCAUGAAACCUGACGAGGCAAGUCCUGUGCCGAAGAAGAAAGGCAAACCCAAGAAGGCUGCCCCGGCUCAAGCUCAGACUGUUCAAACCCAGGGCCAGCCUCAUGCUCAGCCUCAACUCAAUGCACCAAUGGCUGUUCCUAGCACUAUCCCCACACAGACCAACGGACAAGGGCAGGUGCCCGCCGCCGCAGUCGGAGGUGACCAGAUUGCCACUCCGCCUGCGAAGCGUCGUCGUGGACGGCCUAGGAAGGAGGAAGUAGCGGCCAGACUUGCUGCGCAGGCCGCCCAGGCUGCCCAAAACGGCGAGUCCAUGCCAGGGAGUACCCCAACCAGGUCAGGCUUCAUUCACUGCGAAUAUGACGCCGACUGCUCCUGGCUCUGCACCAAACAGCACAAGAAGCCAGCUUCGGCCAAACCAAAGGCACCCGGCACGGGUCGGCCACGUGGGAGACCUCGCAAGGCUGAUGUGGCCGCUGCAGCUGCGGCAGCUGCGGCCGCGGCUAGUGGAGAUCAGUCGCAAGCAGAUGCCAACACCCAAUUGGGUGAGGGCACAGAUACAACGGCAACACUGAACCGUGCAACUUCUUCGAUCGAUGAAGAGGCGCGUCAACGGCCCUGUCCGACACCACCGCAGAUGCUCCAAGGCCAGCCUCUACCGCAGCAGCAGAACCUUCAUAUGUUCCAACAAAAUCAGUCUUCACAGGCGCAGGCAAACCAGCAUAUUGGGCAGCCACAAGUCCAGCACAUGCACCAGCAACAGAACCAGCACAUGUCCUCACAGCCUGGUUCCCACUUGCCGCAUAGUCAAUCCCUGCCCCAGCAGCCUGGCCAACCGCUCUCUAUGCCACAUAUGCAAAUGCACCACCAUUCCCCUGUCCACCCCCCGCGGCCCCUCCCUCAUCAGCCAUAUCUUCAAUCUCCGAUGCAACAACAGAUUCAGCACCCGAUGUCGUCCGAGUCCCCUGUUCACGGGAUGCCGGGACAAGCACGCAGACCUCCAAUUCCACAACGGAGUCAGGCCCCUCCGCCGCCGCACCACAGCAUGAACAUCAGCAUACCUUCCAGGUCCAGAUGCAACCACAACCGACCUAGUGCUGAAUGUGCUGCAGGAUAUGAUUUUCAUCCAAUUAAUGCAACAUCCCUUGACCGAAGUUUUACUUCCGGCUAG